GCCAAACAAACGGAAGUGACCAAUAACAAUUUCCACGUUAAGGUUAUUGUCAUUUAGACGUUUAAUAACACACUGGACCAUCGUUAAUUUAGCUGCAUAGCAUCACAUACUUACCUCAGGUUGGGUUUAAUUCGUGUUAGCUAACAAUGGCUAACUGUGACGGUAUGGUUUUUCACACUCAAAUAGCCUCCGUUAUGGAGGUUCUAGCGAAUGCAGCUGUGGCAGAGAUCUGUAAACUCGUAGACGACGACUAUGCAGUGUUUCGUUUGGAAAUAACUCAAAGCCAGAAAGAAAACAGGGCUUUGCGGAGGAAACUACAGCUACUGGAACUGAAGGUAUCACGGGAGCGCGUCCUCGCGAGUCGUCCCAAUAGUGUCAAGAUCCUCGACCGAUACAGAGGAAUGGCAAGAGGACAUCUUGCUGGAGGACACAGGAGCUUUGUGAAGCCAGCGGGACCCAAUGUGUGGAGAGAUGACCAACCAAUCACUGUUGAUGAGGGGAAUGGAACCUCAACCCAGCAUGUUAUUUUGAUAGAGUCUGCAGAUGCAGAGGCUGCAGGUCCUGGAGGAUCGUCUCUGGUCAAGCAGGAGAGGACUGAAGGAGAGGACCCAACACACAGCAGAGACAUCCAGACUGGAGCAGUGGCUGGAGUGGUGCCCCCUGUGGCCGUGGAGGACCUCACCACCACGCCCCAGCACAGGACCCGACCCAGCAUCACGGAGGUCAGAACGCUGAACGCCGUCCUCAAGUCAGAGACAGACACCGAGACACACAGGCUCUUACACACAGGAUCUGACCACGGAUCAGACCCAGAGAGACUGUUGUUGGGGAGACCUGGCUGUUCUCCUGCUCCUGACUCAAAGUACUUACUUUAUGGAAACCCAAGCCCAAGGACGGUUCAUUCCCAUGAGGACUCGGGUGAUGCGUUAGAGACUGGCAAUGAUCUGUCUCGUUCUUAUACUACAGCGAUGGACCCUGGCAUCAUGCCCUUGGUAUUAGAGACACAGACUGAUCUGUCUAGAGGGGACUGGAACCAGUACAGUAGUAGUGUAUACUCUGAAGGGUGCAUAGAUAAGAAAAGGGAGGUUAUAGCGAUAGAUGAGGUGACUGUGAAAAUGGAAGGUGACGCUCCUCUGACAUGUAAUGCAGACAAGACUCAUUUAUGGGAAAGAUACUCGCAGAGCAACACCAAUGACUUAGACUGCAGGGAUAGGUUAGAGACAAAUCUAAAUGUCGCGACCCACUCCCCUUUACACGUGGUCAGAGAUCGCGACCCAGUAUCCCCGUCGAUGGCACCUUAUGAUUCACAUGGCAGCAUCUUUUUCGAUCAGGUAUUUAAUUCUGACGACAGGGCUAGAGACGAAUGUCGGGGAGGGGGAGCAAUGUCAAGCAAUAGUAAAGAGAAACGGUUCCUCUGCAUGUUCUGUAACAAAGGCUUUAGCUGCCUCCAGAAGAUGGAGAUCCACCAGAGGGUCCACACAGGGGCGAAUCCCUUCAGCUGUACCCAGUGUGAGAAGAGAUUCUCCCGCCAGGACCACUUGAAGAGGCACCAGAGGGUCCACACAGGGGAGAAACCAUUUAGCUGCCCCCAGUGUGAGAAGAGGUUCUCCCAGGCUGGUGACCUGAAGAGGCACCAGAGGGUCCACACUGGGGAGAAACCCUUUAGCUGUACCCAGUGUCACAUGCGCUUUGCCCUGGCUGGCAACCUGAAGAUGCACCUGAAGGUCCACAAGGGAGAGAGGCCGUUCACUAGUAUGCUUUGCGGGAAGACGUUCGCAGAGAGGAGCUACCUCAGGACACACCAGCAGAAAACACAUCCCGCUGUAUAAUAUAGAAAAGUUACCAUUCUGCUCGAUUGCUUCUGACGUUUAGAUCAAACCCUGCAUUAAAGUCAAAGAUACAUUUUUAUUGUUGUCAGCUGAAAAGAUCCACAGAUGCAUUUGGAAUAACGAGAGUAACAGAUUUCAGUGUUGGAUAUUCCUGGGUAGAAUAUUGCAUCCAGACAUUGUGUGAUAUACAGUGCCUUCAGAAAGUAUUCACAUCCCUCGACUUUCUCUACAUUUCAUUCUUACAGCCUUAAUUUCAAAUUGAUGAAAUUGAUGGCCUUUUUACAAAUUAAUAAAAAAUGAUAAGCUGGAA